AUGGACGACGAAGAAACCACUCACCAGAAAUCAGGGUUUGAAUUCACAAAACGCAAACGUUGGGCAGAUUUACUCGUCUCAGAGCUCGUCAACGUCGCCAUCCUCGUCCUCUCCCAGACUGGCACCAUUAUCCAUUGCGACGCCGCUGUACACACUGUAACAGGUUAUGCAGAAGACCAGGUACUCGGAAAGAAUUUUGCAGAUUUGUUGCAUCAAGAGGACACGCUUGCAUUCUUCAAAGCAUUCGAGGGAUGUAUAGCAAGCAACAAGGAACUUACAUUCUACCUUCGCAUCAAGGGAAGUGACCCAAGAGAUCGUUCGACCCGUCUCGUCGAACUCAAGGCAAACCCAUUCCAAGCAUCGGAUACAGACGAAUGUCUAUGUGUAUUCGCAAUGCUUUCCCCUUAUCCGACAUCCUCUAUCAACGAUCUCGACGACUAUCUAGCGCUCAAGCUUGAAAACGAACAGCUCGCCGCUCGGCUCGAGGCACUAAGAAAUGGAAAUGUUAGUGAGGGCACGUUUGAUUCCGGCUCAGACGACGACGCCGAUCUGCCGAUGCGCAAUAUUUCACUAGAGGAAAAUAUCGUCGACAAGUCGGAAAGAGCACUCGCUCAAGCAUCUGCUGCACUCGACGCAGCAGCUGCCGCUGCCGCCGCUGCGUCGGGUCAACUCGCAACCUCGAGCACGUAUACCUUUGCGACGUCUGGAGAGACAGUGGAGAACCCGGCAAAGAAAAAGCGGCGCACGUUGGAGGGCUCGCAGGGACGCGUCUGUACUGCCUGUGGACGCGAUAACUCGCCAGAAUGGAGAAAGGGACCCCAAGGACCGAAGACGCUUUGCAAUGCCUGUGGGCUCAGAUGGGCAAAAAAGGCCAAAGGAUCGACAAAAGAUGGUGCAGGAGAUGCCGAGUAA